AACGAUUCCAUUUCCGUGCUCCGUCUUCUCAUUCUCCUUCUUCUUCUUGGUGUCUCUCUCUGCUCUGCAAAAUCCAAUCUUUUCAAAGCGUUCGAACUCGGAGCUCGCUUCCUGUUUCUGGGUUCGAAUUGGAAUCGAGGAAAGAGAGGGAAUGAAUGGAGAUUGAGGGCUGACAGCAACAGGGACUUUUCCGCUUGUGUGGCUGUUCGCUUUGCGGGGAAUCGUCGGUUCAGCUACUGAUUGGAGCUUGUGCUUAGAAUUCUGGUAAAUGCUGGAUCUUCGAGAUUUGCUGUUGCUCUUUGUUGAAGUCUGUGACCGGGAUGGGUUGUAAGUGCUCCAAGCUAUUUGUUUGUUUCCGAGAUUCAGAACAAGGUUCAGCAGCCCCCGAGGUCAAGGGCAUUGAAGAUGAGCAGAAAGGUGAACUUGAUAAUCUGCCUGCUUUUCAAGAAUACACGUUCGAUCAGCUCAGGAAGGCAACAUCUUGGUUUGCUGUUGAAAACAUUGUGUCUGAACAUGGGGAAAAGGCACCAAAUGUGGUCUACAAAGGAAAACUGGAAAAUCAAGUGCGAAUUGCUGUAAAGCGCUUUAACAGAUCAUCUUGGCCUGAUGCCAGGCAGUUCACUGAAGAAGCAAGAGCUGUUGGGCAGCUCCGUAACCAAAGGUUGGCAAAUUUAAUUGGUUGCUGCUGUGAAGGUGAUGAGAGGUUACUGGUUUCAGAAUAUAUGCCGAAUGACACAUUACCAAAACAUCUUUUUCAUUGGGAUACACAGCCCAUGAAAUGGGCAAUGCGGCUAAGGGUGGCUUUGUAUCUUGCACAAGCUUUAGAAUAUUGUACUAGCAAAGGACAUGAUCUUUAUCAUGAUCUGAAUGCUUAUAGAAUCCUUUUUGAUGAAGAGGGAAACCCUAGACUUUCAUCGUUUGGUCUUAUGAAGAACAGCAAAAACGGAAAAAGCUACAGUACAAACUUGGCCUUUGCUCCUCCCGAGUAUCUGAGGACAGGGCGAGUCGUUCCUGAAAGUGUGAUGUUUAGCUUUGGUACUGUUUUGCUAGACCUUGUUAGUGGAAAAAAGAUUCCUCCAAGCCGUGCGCUUGAUCUAAUACGAGACAAGAACGUUCAGAUGCUCACAGAUUCAUGCCUGGAAGGUCAAUUUUCAGAAGAUGAUCGCACAGCUUUAUUGCGGUUAGCUUCACGUUGUUUGCAAUAUGAGCCCCGAGAGCGGCCAAAUCCAAAGUCCUUAGUUGCUGUUCUGGCUCCUCUUCAAAAGGAUAUUGAGGUUCCUUCUCAUGUAUUGAUGGGCAUCCACCAUGGUGAUUCAUCCCUAACCCUAUCACCUCUUGGUGAGGCAUGUUCCAGAAAGGACUUGACUGCUAUACAUGAGGUCUUAGAAAAACUUGGGUAUAAAGAUGAUGAGGGAGCAGCUACUGAGCUUUCAUUCCAGAUGUGGACCAACCAGGUGCAGGACACACUGAACUCAAAGAAGAAGGGUGAUGCUGCUUUCCGGCAUAAAGAUUUUAGAGCUGCAAUUGACUGCUAUACUCAGUUCAUUGAAGUCGGAACGAUGGUGUCCCCAACUGUUUAUGCACGGCGCAGUCUGUCUCAUCUCAUGAACAACAUGCCACAAGAAGCAUUUGAUGACGCGGUGCAAGCUCAGGUGAUAUCUCCGGUCUGGCACAUUGCAUCCUAUCUGCAGGCUGUAGCUCUUUUUAUGAUGGGGAGAGACAAUGAGGCACAGGUGGCACUUGAAGAAGGUUCUGUCCUUGAAAGCAAAAGGAGUGCUGGCACAUGACCUGGAAACUGCAAAUCGAACUUUAAUUCCAAACGGCAUAGAAAUAGUCCCUGUAAAGAAAGAAAAGCAUCAAACACAAUGGACCUACUGGCUGCUCACUUGAGUAAACAGAUACUAAUUAAACACAGAAAACACCAUUGAGUUGAACUGCACAUAUACUCCAGAGCCCGUGUAUAUGGCCGGUUGAUACUUGCCAUCUUGAAGCAUUCUUUUCUCACAUUCCCAGUUAGGAUGAUCCGUUCCAUGUGCCGAGGCAAAGCAAGCAUUCUAUGAGAGGUGUGCCCUGGUACAAUGUACUUAUGUGUAAGUAGUGAAUGUCCCGAACCAAGGCAUUUGUCGGUAGUGUGUUGGGUGGUUGUCAUUUUAUACAGAGACUUCUUCAUAGUUAAAAGGGUGAAUUGCUAUAGUUUUGAGAGAGAAAUAGUUGUAGUGCUUGUAACUUAUGUACAGCACAAUGGUUCAUUUGUUCAUGCGGAAUUAACUGACUGUUUCUCUAUGCAGCGUUCUUUAAUUCUCUCUUUCAAUAAAGUUGUCUGUUGCUUUA